GCCGUCAUGGGCUCCUGCAUGAUCUCUAACAAGGCUGAGAUAUGAUUGGUAUAUGUAAUCCUAGGAGAAUCAGCGCAAGUAUCCUUGCACAAGGCUGACAUAUUCCCUGUAGUUCCUCUUCUUUCCCUUGAGAUUGGACCGCUCCUUUCUUUGCUUCUUUUCAUUCCUUUUGCCCUUCCCUUCCCUCUCUCCUUCUCCUCUUUUUCCCCUCCUUCUCGAAAUCUUUCAUCACCUUUUCUUUUAACUCUCCAAUAGCCAGAUAACAUGCCUUCAGAAGCCGCCGCCCUCCGCCGUCAAUGGGAAGAGCCCUCUGACGUCUUUACAGUGCUCUUGAUUAUUGGCGGCGAAAUCAUUCAAAAUGCCCUUGGCGCCGUAUCCGGAGAUACACUUACACCUGUGACCUUCUCCUUCGGAUGGGCCGCCCCCCUUCCCAAUCUCUUGGUGAUCAAUCUCGAGUCCGGCUAUCGGCGUGUGAAUCGAUCGUGGACCCUUUGGGCGAGCCGCAUCCACCACCCGAUCCUGAUCAACCUGGAUGAGGAGGUAUCUCUUGUUCCCGAGAUUCAAGAUCACCUCAAGGAAUACCCGGAGGGAUAUGGGUUGAAGCGCAGUAGCUACGAAGCACCCUUAUGUGUGGCAGUCUAUGACUGGGAUAUCGACGUGAAGCACCCGCGGAUGCCGGGCCACCCGGGCCAUGACUGGUUAGGGGUGAGCAUCAUUCCAUUCAUCCUGAACGGCGACUGGGGGAUCUUCCUGGUGACAGCAGGCGGCACCAUAUUGGCGUAUCUAUAUGGGGCGCUCCUACAGUGGCGCAAGGAGAAAUGGGCCUGCCGGAAGAAAUGUCCCAAUAAAGACGUGGCGUUGAAACUGGGGAAUGGGUCACAGCAUGUGGUGAUCAUCCGGCGACAUCCUGAGGGACUUGAUCUGGAGGAUCUGGCUGGGGGCCAGAUUCGCGAGCAUCAAGGCGGGCACUCAAACCGAGUGAUGGACCUUCUCGCGUCAGACCGGGCCACACAAGUGCUGACCUGCGUCUUUGCCGUCCUCUGGCUUCUGUUACUCAUUACCAGCACGGGGAUCACUACGCACACAUGGUAUUUGCUUGCGGUGGGCGGGUUGGGAACAAUGCAUAAUCUGACUGUAGCUGGGGCGCCACGCCACCCGCAUAUGCUGGGCAUCCCGAUUCGACCGGCCAUGGGAAUAGUCCACGAGGAAGAACCAUCGGUGGCCAAGCCCGGCGAGACACACACGGUCCAAAAAAGCGCUCCGAUCAACAUCUUUGCAGAAGCCAAGGUGAUGACCACGCUCAUGGAGUUGGAAAUGGUCUACCAAGGAUUCGGGAAAGCGUUCUUGGUGGAAUUUUUCCCUGGAGGUCUUCAGGGCUGGGAGAAGGCGUGGUGGGAGAGCAAUGAUGCUGACUCACGAAGGAAUCUGCUUCAGCUUGAGCUUCAACCCUAA